ACAUCGCUAGCGUGUUGUACCGUGUUGAUUCUCCUGUGGCUUAUUCUGGAAAUAUUUUCGUUGGUGGAAAAAGAAACAGACAACGUAUGUGUCAAUAUUGUGUCUAAAAUAGGUGCCUGUGUGUACAUGGACAGGGGCAGCUCCUAAUAUCGACAGAGCAACAGAGAUGGUAGUAGCACAAAUAGAAGGACUGUGGGAACACAAGAACUACUGGAAACAUCUCCCUCAUUAGCAUAUGUAGUUAAUCAAGCGUAAGUUUUCUUUUCUUUCUGAAAAACGUUCAACCAGUGGGUGAGAUGGUGGUAGCAGCACUGGAGUUGAUGGGGUUCUUCUUUGGCCUCUUUGGCAUGCUGGGGACCCUGGUAGCCACUCUUCUGCCCUAUUGGGCAACGUCCGCACACAUUGGCUCCAACAUCGUGACGGCGGUAGUCAGAAUGAAAGGUCUGUGGAUGGAGUGUGUCUACCAGAGCACCGGAGCCUUCCAGUGUGAGACCUACAACACCCUUCUGGGGCUCACCACUGAUCUACAAGCAGCCAGGGCCAUGAUGGUCAUCUCCUCCAUCUUUUCUGUCAUGGCCUGUGCGGUGUCCACCGUUGGUAUGCAGUGCACCAUCUGCAUGGAUGGCUCUUCAGUCAAGAGCAAGGUGGCUGGGAUAGGUGGUUCUCUCUUCCUCCUGGCAGGGCUCUUGUCAUUGAUCCCUGUGUCUUGGAAGACCCAUGAGUUGGUGCAGACCUUCUACAUGCAGAACAUGCCAGCCAGUCUAAAGUUUGAGAUAGGUGACUGCCUAUACGUGGGCUUGGCUUCUUCGCUUUUGUCCAUGCUAGGUGGAGGGCUGUUGAGUGCAUCCUGUUGUGACGAUUUGGAUGGCAGCAGGGGAACAAGACGCCAUUACCCCUACCCUGACCGCACUGGACCACGUGGACCGUCCCAUUCAAUGCCCUACCAUCCAGCCACAAACCCCAACCUUGCCAACAAGAACCAGACCCUUAACAGCCGUACAAGCACUAGUACCCACUCCACUGCGCCAGCUCAGGAUUCCAGGAAAUCAGCUCGGCAGAACACAGCAGCCGGGUAUGAUGUCACAGGCUACGUUUGAGGAUUUGUGCUAAUCGUUUUGCACCAUUUUUCCUAAAAGCACUGAAGUGAUUAAAACUUGGACUCUCAAAAGACUCUUAUAAUAGGCAGAAUGUUGGAUUAAGGCACAAGAAGAACAGACACACGCCAGAGAAAGAGCAGAUGGUUUGAUUGCAUACAAUAUUUUGAUUUUACUUUUUGCUUCUCUUCUUGACAAACAUUGCUGUUCUUUUUUAAAGGUUUCAAAAUUCCAAAUAAACAAUGAGAUGGAUCUGUAAAUAUGCAAAGCUAAUAUUUGACAUUGACUUUUAAGCACUGGGUCAGUUAACUUCAUUAAGUGCACUUAAAAAAUAUGUACCGUUUUUGUAUUCACAUGUAGUAUUUUGCAAUGUUAUUGUGCAUUUUAAUGACUAAUUUGUUGAUUGUCAUUUUUACUUUGUCAUCAAAUUUAAAUAUACUCAAUUUGAGCACUAAA